AUGGAGCAACACGGUCGUGUUCUCCUGGAUCAACCUGAAGCAACUCUGUUGGGGAAAGGCCUCCUGGAGGGUGUUCUCAAGAGCGGCCAUGGCAAGGCGGACCCCACCAGUGAAGCCUCUCAAUUUGAGACGCCUAACCGAAUCAAAGGUGGAUGUGGCAGAUCCUCACAUUCGCCAAGGUCCAAGUCAGAUGACGACGGCAGCUUGAAUGAUUUGCCGUUUGGGCGGCGUUACGGGCAGUCUGGGCGGCAUGGGCAAGAACUUAUCCUUGAAGCCAGCAUGUACGAUCCUCACCCCAUUUUCGACACGCAGAUAUGGAAUGAGGAGGAAAGUGGGCUUUUGGAGGAGCGUUUGAGGCGGCAAGGGCGACUAGAAGGCCACAUCAGCCUAACAUGCCCCAUCCUCGCCCCGCCAUUUAUGCAAGACCAGCCGCGCCCAUGUGCUGAGGACCCUCAAAUAUCGGCUCAGAGUCAGCAGGAGAGUGGUCUCUUGGAGGAGCUAUUGAGGCGCCAUGGGCGACUUGAGGACCCCUUCCGAAUCCUGCCGCCCCUCAUGCACGACCAGCCUUACUACAAGCCUCCCCCACAUGCUGAGGACCUUCAAAUUCUGACUCGGAGUCAGCAGGAGAGUGGUCUCUUGGAGGAACUAUUGAGGCGCCAUGGACGACUUGAGGACCCCAUCCGCAUCCCGCCUCUCUUCAUGCAUGACCAGCCUCGCUCACCUUUCGAGGAGCUGCCUCAAGUCUCGGAUUCGGAAGCCGACCACCUGUUGAGGGGCCACAAGCAACUUGAGCGCCCCAUCCGCAUCCCGCCGCCCUUCAUGUACAGCCGGCCUUGCCCACCUUUUGAGGAGCCGCUUCAAGUCUCGGAUCCGAAAGCCGGCCAUGGGCAGCUUGAAGAUUCCACUGCUGUGGUGCCAUUGGGGAAUCCUCCUCCUCGCUUGCCGAUGCAGCUCCAAGCACCUGAGAUCUCACAUCAGAAAGAUGAUGGGCUGUUGGGGCAUCACGGGCAGCUUGAAGAUUCCAUUGCUAGGACGGGAUCGGGGUCUCCUCCGUCUCGCGUGCCCUUGCUACCCCAAGAGCCCGUGGCACUGAAGUCCCGUUCGACUGAUUCGUUGGAAAGAGCUGUGGCUGGGCUGCUUGAGGAGCAGCAGCGACAGCAGCAGCAGCAGCAGCAAGAGGCAGUGGAGAGCUGGAUCGUGCAUGCUUUACAUGCCUCCGCACCAGAGAGUAUGGUGGCAGUAGGCUAUGGUGGCGUCAGCACCACCGUUGAUGGAGAUCCGAUGAUAAGAGUAGCGAAUAACGUGGUAUCAGGCUCUGGAGGCAUCAAGAGCAUUGACAGAGAGGUAGCAACCACAACAGAGAAAACCACAAUGAGUAUAGUGGCAGCAAGCUGUGGAGGCACCAAUACCAUUGACAGAGACGGAGCAGCAUCGGCCCAGCAGCAUCUGGUGCAGCAGCAGCAGCAGGUGGCGACAACCAGCUGGGUGGCACAGGCUGAGCUAUCAGGGCUGGCUCUGCCGCCCGAUCUGAUCUGA